CUAUGGCCACCUCUACUUCCGGGUUCCGUCAUUUCAUUCUCCCGCCGAUCAGCGCUGCGAACUGACUCUGUUCUAUAAGCAAGCUAGCAGCCAACCUGCCAACACUCGCUGACACUCACUCAUCUCAGACUGCGAGAUAGACGAAAUACCUACCGGGAAAAGGAACGAUCUGAAUUGCAAUCUCUUAAUUUCUUUUACUUUUUUUCUUUUUUUACAGUAAUGAUAAAACAAGAUAGCGAUCCGGAGGCAUAAAGGAGACGCGGAGUUGUUGGAUGAAAACGGGCUAAAAAGAUUCAUCCUCUCUUGAACAUCAUCACCAACCAUCAUUCAUUCAUUACCUUGACAACCUCUGGCUUUGAUUGACAGCUGGAGUGGCAAAAAGCCAUGAGACACGACAGUUUAGUUACAUGCAGGUUGUUGAUGGGCCGAUUGUAACCUUCAGUUUGGUGGUUGACAUUUUUUUUUCUUUUUUGGGGGCAAAGAGGAAAACAAGAAAAAUUGCAAAACUCCUGAUGCCUCUGCUUGUUCUGAACCACAUUGGAGAAUAGGAGAAUUCACCAAGUUGGUUGAAAAGGGAAUCUUACCACUAAAUCACAUUCUUACCAGACUGGGAUAUUGAAUAUACGACACAUCCAGGAGUUUAUUGGAGCGCAGCCUGAUGGCGCAAAGGUACGAUGAACUGGCCCAUUAUGGGGGAAUGGACGGAGUUGGAGUUCCGGCAUCUAUGUACGAUCCGCAUGCUCCUCGACCGCUACCCCAGGUCCACCACUUGAAUCAUGGACCUCCGCUCCACGCCAGCCAGCACUACGGUGCACAUGCACCCCAUCCCAAUGUAAUGCCCACCAGCAUGGGCUCAGCUGUCAACGAUGUUUUAAAGAGGGACAAAGAUCUAAUUUAUGGUCACCCUUUAUUCCCCCUCCUUGCCUUGGUUUUUGAGAAGUGUGAGCUGGCGACGUGCACUCCCAGGGAGCCUGGGGUAGCAGGCGGCGAUGUCUGCUCCUCCGACUCCUUCAACGAGGACAUCGCAGUCUUUGCCAAACAGGUCCGUGCAGAAAAACCUCUAUUCUCUUCAAAUCCAGAGUUGGACAAUUUGAUGAUACAAGCCAUACAAGUUUUGCGGUUUCAUCUUUUGGAGUUAGAAAAGGUUCACGAGCUCUGCGACAAUUUUUGCCAUCGGUACAUCAGUUGUUUGAAAGGGAAAAUGCCAAUAGACCUAGUUAUUGACGAACGGGAUGGCAGCUCAAAAUCGGACCACGAGGAACUCUCGGGAUCUUCAACCAACUUAGCAGAUCACAACCCUGCUUCCUGGAGAGACCACGAUGACGCCACCUCCACACACUCGGCCGGCACGCCAGGGCCCUCCAGCGGGGGCCACGCCUCGCAGAGCGGCGACAACAGCAGCGAACAAGGAGACGGCUUAGACAACAGCGUGGCUUCGCCCGGCACAGGUGACGACGACGACCCGGACAAAGACAAGAAGAGGCAGAAAAAGCGGGGCAUCUUCCCCAAGGUCGCCACCAACAUCAUGCGGGCAUGGCUCUUCCAGCACCUCACGCACCCGUACCCCUCAGAAGAACAGAAAAAGCAGCUAGCCCAAGACACAGGCCUCACCAUCUUACAAGUAAACAACUGGUUCAUUAACGCCAGAAGAAGAAUAGUACAGCCUAUGAUUGACCAGUCAAAUCGAGCAGUGAGCCAAGGAGCAGCGUACAGUCCGGAGGGGCAGCCCAUGGGCAGCUUCGUGCUGGACGGUCAGCAACACAUGGGAAUCCGGCCAGCCGGGGAGUACGUACCUCAGACUGGCCCAGUGGGUAUGAGCAUGGCCCCACCUGGUUUCGCCCCUCCCCAGAUGUCCCCGCACCCCUCCCAGCUCCGACACGCCCCAGCCCUGCACCCGUACCUGCCCGGACACCCGCACCACCCGCACCACCACCACCACCACCACCCGCACCACCACCACCCCCACCAUGCCCAGCCCCACCCGGCCAUGCUGAUGCACGGAGGCCCACCUCCUCACCCAGGAAUGACCAUGUCCGCACAGAGCCCCCCCCUCAUCGCCCCCCUCGACCACAGCACUGCUGGACAAGACCUGGACAUCCACGUUCAAUAGGGCAAGGGAACCCGCCUACAUGAGCAAGCGACGAUAAAAACACAGCUAAGAAAACAGUGACCGCAACAUCCCCACCCCUCCCUGGCAAAACGUCAUUUUGAGACUAUUUUUUAAGGAAAAAAGGAGAAUCAUUUUGACCACAAUUAGAGAAACAGAGGAAGAAAAAAAAACAGAUGGAAUUCCAUUACGAGCUGUGAGAAGUUUUUUUAAAUCUUGUCAAUUUUGUUACUUUCACCAACGGAGGACCAAGCUGACAAGAACACUUUGUAAAGUCUUGGGCUUUUGUUAAAGAUCAACAGAAGAUGUUUCAAUUUACGACAUGACUCCAAAUGCACACUCUCACAUACAAACACACGCACACACACACACAUGUACGCACACACAUUUUCACACACACUAACCUAUACACUUUCAAAAACACUCCUUGAGUGACUGACACCUUCAAACAAUUUUAAAGAAAAUCACUCUGGAAGGGUUAAAAGAGAAAAAAAAAACAACACAAAAACAAAAACAGACUCCAAGAGUUAUAACUACUGUAGUAUAAAAACGUAUAGAAACUAAGUUAAAACUUGUGCAUUUUUUUUCGUUGGAUCACACAAUUUAUGUUUCCUGAGCUUAGUUCUAGAGUAUGAAAAAAAGGUUAACCCCCCCUUGCUUUGCACACUGUGCGUGCUGUUCCCUGAAGGAGAGACUGUCUUGUUGCAGCAAUAAAUAAGGAAAACAUCUCAACCAAUCUCGGCCCCCUUACAAACACAAACUCUGAAGCUAGCAAGGGCUGCAGCUCUGUGUGUUCCACACCAGGAAAAGAAAUAGCACGGUGAGAGUGAGAGAGAAAGAGAGAGGCUGCCAACCGACUCCCUGUUCUCUCUGGAAGAUUCAGUUUGAACAGUUUUUUUUUCCAAUCAACUCCCAACAUUGUUUUUUUUUUUUUUUUUGGUUCAUGAAUGAAUGUUGCCCCGUAGGUAAAGUCCUUAGUUUUGAAUUGCCCAAGCACUGGAUUGUGUUGGUUUUAUACAUUUUUAUUUUAUUAUUUUUAUUGUUUUUUUUUUUUUUUGUAUCUGGGACUCUUUGAGAAAGAGCCUAUGGAAGGAAACUGACCGGUGGGAAGACCAGCAUCCUGCAGUAGUUUUCUUCGCCUCGGGAUCGACAUAACUUGCCAUAUGGACAAUGCUGACACAAUGUUGGAUUCUUUGGCACUGACAGAAGCUAUUGAUGGUCGAUGCACCAAAAAAACCUAAAGCGUACAAAAAAGAAGACAAAAAAAGAACUUAAAUUAUGAACUCAAAGCUUGGAGAAAAAAGCUAAGAGAAUAUUGUAACAAACUUCGUACAGAGUUCAGUCUAUUAAUUGUUUCAUGUUAGAUAUUCUAUGUGUUUACCUCAAUUGAAAAAGAAUGUUUUUUGCUAGUUUCAGAUCUGCUGUGGCAUUGAUAUUGUAUGUCCAUGAAUUCCUUCCUUUUUCAGCACGUGUUCCUCACUAGAUGAAAAAAAAAAUGCUGUCUCCCUUAAGCUUUGUCAAAAUACAUUAAAUACUUGUAUGAGGACUGUGACGUAAUGUUUAAAAGGUGUUCAGUCACAAAUGCUGUAAUAAAUAUUUCAUUUUUUGA